CUUGUAGCCACGCCUGAGGGUUCUCAAGUGAUGCUUCACAGAUUGAGGAUGAGGGUUGCUUUAAAAGCUCAUCUGCUCCCUCCUCAGCCAGAACAACACUCUGAGCCUUGAGUUAGACCCAGAGAGACAUACAUCUGAUAUACAGAGAUGAAUCUUCCCACAUUUCUUUUUGUGGUGGGCUGCUUUUGUGCCCUUAAAACAAAUGCCUUAGCAGAAGAAGAGAGUCCUGGGAGACAGUUCAUUCUAAAUUCAAUUAAGAAAGCAAAACAAAUCGUGGAUGCUGCCUACAAGUAUUCCCGUGAUGAGAGUUUAGCAAGGGUGCGCAAGGAUGUCAUCAAGCCUUCGGACAAACUGCGUCUUAUGAAACAGCCAGUUCGAAAAACCCGCGAGGCUGUGAGAGCCGCAGAUUACAUGGAGCAGACGCUUAUACUGAUCAAUGAGAAGGCUCAUCAUGCACACAAGAGGUCCAUCAAUGCUACAAGCCUGCUCACUCCAGACGAGCUUAACACCAUCAAGCAUCUGACAGGCUGUGCUGCUCAAACACAGCCCCCAUCUUGUAGGACCACACCCCUCAUAAACAAGUAUCGAACUGCCACCAAUGUUUGCAACAACAGGAGGAACCCUCUCAUUGGUGCAUCCAACACCCCUUUUAUCCGCUGGCUGCCUGCAACAUAUGAGGAUAGAAUCUCACAGCCAAAAGGGUGGGAUCCAAACACAUUGCACAAUGGUGCAAUUCUGCCCCUGGUCAGACUGGUUUCCAAUCGUAUUCUAAGCACUGCGGAUGCUGACGUAGAGAAUGAUACUGACUUCACCUUCAUGCUCACCAUCUUUGGACAGUGGGUUGACCACGAUCUGACUCUUACGCCCACCUCACCAAGCAUUAGGUCUUUCAGCAAUGGCCUCAACUGUGAUGAGAGCUGUGAGCGCUCGGAACCUUGCUUCCCAAUUCCGAUCCCGAAGGAAGAUCCACGUCUGAGUCCUAACACCUGUCUCCCCUUCUUCCGUUCAUCACCUGCUUGUGGUUCCGGGAACACCGCCUUUAUCUUUGGUGGUGUCCCCAAAGUCAGAGAACAGAUCAACGCUCUAACAGCUUUUCUAGAUGCUGGGCAGGUUUAUGGGGCAGAGGACGGGCUAGCAAAAGAGCUGCGUGACCUGACCAAUGAUGGUGGUCUGCUACGUGUCAACAAACAGUUCCUUGACAAUGGGCGAGAGCACCUGCCCUUUACCAAUGUACAGAGCAAAAUUUGUGCCACGCGUGGGAAAAUCCUCAAUGACACAAACUUGACAGAGGUGCCUUGCUUUAUUGCAGGGGAUGUUCGUGUUGAUGAGAACAUUGCUCUUACCUCAUUGCAUGCACUUUUCAUGAGGGAGCACAACCGAUUGGCUCGUGCCCUUCACAUACUCAACCCUAGUUGGAGUAGUGAAACCCUCUAUCAAGAGGCACGAAAGAUUGUGGGUGCCUACCAACAGAUACUGGUGAUUAGGGAAUACCUGCCACACAUUGUUGGCCCUGAUGCUUACAAUAAACACAUUGGCCUAUAUCCAGGGUAUGAUGAGAAUGUGGACCCUAGCAUUGCUAAUGUCUUUGCCACUGCAGCUUUCCGUUUUGCCCACCUGGCCGUUCAACCCAUCAUAUUUCGUCUUGAUGAAAAUUACAAGAACCAUCCUCAAUUUCCAAGCGUGCCCCUCUUUGAGGCCUUCCUUUCUCCUUGGAGGGUGAUCUUUGAGGGUGGCGUGGAUCCUCUUCUUCGAGGAUUGAUCGGUCGGCCUGCAAAAUUGAACACACAGGAUCACAUGAUGGUGAAUGCUCUUAGAGAGAAGCUGUUUGCUUUUAUAAGCCACAUUGCUUUGGACCUGGCUGCCCUCAACAUGCAAAGAGGUCGUGACCACGGUAUACCAGGUUAUAAUGCAUGGCGGCAGUUCUGUGGACUGUCCACACCUCAGAAUGAGCAAGAAUUGGCUGUGGUGAUGAACAACACUAAAUUCGCUCGCAAGCUGAUUGAGCUUUACAAAACCCCUGCGAACAUUGACGUUUGGUUAGGAGGCGUUGCUGAGCCUUUUGUACCUGGUGGUCGUGUUGGUCCACUUUUUGCUUGUCUUAUCUCUACGCAGUUCAAGCACAUUCGCCAGGGUGACAGGUUAUGGUGGGAGAACAAAGGAGUGUUCACAACUAGACAAAAAGCCUCACUUGCCUCUGUGUCUCUGGCCCGCAUCAUCUGUGACAACUCAGGAAUCCGUAAUGUUCCCAAUGAUCCUUUCCGCUUCAGCAGUUCUGCAAGUUUUGUUAGCUGUGACAAUAUCCCAGCUUUUGACCUCACCCCUUGGAUUGAGACUGGUGACAGUGGCAUCCACGAUGCAAACAAUGGAAAUGAGAUUCUGAUACCUUUCAAGGACCUACCGGGCCCAGAGGACCUCCAGGGGAACAAGGUCCCCGAGGUCUAGCAGGCCCACCUGGACCUCCUGGACCACCCAUUAAUACCACAAGACAACAGUCUGCCUUCUUUGCUUCCCUUGGCACAGUCCUCCCGGUCUCUGCAAAAGUUGUUGUGUUCAGUAAGGUCCUUUACAAUGGCCAGAACCAUUAU